AUGCAAGCAACCAGGAAAGUGCCCCUCGCGGCCGUGCCUCCCCGGCCCUACGCUGCCCCAGGGCUGCAGGGCACCAGGCGGAGACCCGCGGGAGCGCCCCGGGCCCUGCUAGCCAGCUCCCCCGGAGGUGGCUGCGUUUCCGACUUCGCCCUGGCUCCGCUCCGGGGGCUUGACGUGCAAACUUCGCCGGAGCCGCCGAGAGGGAGGGACCGGCGAGGGGGAGGAGGCUGCGGGAGGCGCCUCCGCUUAAGGGAGCCAGCCGGGCGCCGCGCUCGGACGGACGCGCGAACGGAAGGAAGGGACGGGGGCGCCGGGCCCGCGGCCGCCGCCACCGCAAUGGCGACCGUCGGGGAGCGCAGGCCCCUGCCCAGCCCCGACGCGAUGCUGGGACAGUCGUGGAAUCUGUGGGUCGAGGCUUCCAAACUUCCUACGAAGGACGGGACGGAAUUGGACGAAAGUUUCAAGGAGUUUGGGAAAAACCGCGAAGUCAUGGGGCUCAGUCGCGAAGACAUGCCAAUAUUUGGUCUCUGUCCAGCCCAUGAUGAUUUCUACUUGGUGGUGUGUAACGACUGUAAUCAGGUUGUCAAGCCGCAGGCAUUUCAAUCACAUUAUGAAAGAAGACACAGCUCACCCAGCAAGCCGCCUUUGGCCGUUCCUCCCACUUCAGUGUUUUCCUUCUUCCCUUCUCUGUCCAAAAGCAAAGGAGGCAGUGCAAGUGGAAGCAGCCGGUCUUCCAGUGGAGGCGUCCUGAGUGCAUCCUCAUCAAGUUCAAAGUUGUUGAAAUCGCCCAAAGAGAAACAGCAGCUCAGGGGGAACACCAAGCCAAUGCAUCCCACUCAACAAAGUAGAGUCCCCCAUAGAAUCAUGGCGGCCUCUGUCAAAGUAGAGAAGAUUCAUCCGAAGAUGGAUGGCACACUACUGAAAUCUGCAGUGGGGCCACCCUGUCCUGCUACUGUGAGUUCCUCAGUCAAGCCUGGCCUUAACUGCCCCUCAAUACCAAAGCCAAUCUUGCCUUCACCUGGACAGAUUCUGAAUGGCAAAGGGCUUCCUGCACCGCCCGCUCCAGAAAAGAAACCUGAAGACAAUUCCAAUAAUCGGAAAUUUUUAAAUAAAAGAUUAUCAGAAAGAGAGUUUGAUCCUGACAUACAUUGUGGGGUCAUUGAUCUCGAUACCAAGAAGCCCUGCACCCGGUCUUUAACGUGCAAGACACAUUCCUUAACCCAACGGAGGGCUGUCCAGGGUAGAAGAAAACGAUUUGAUGUGUUAUUAGCCGAGCACAAAAACAAAACCAGGGAAAAGGAAUCAAUUCGCCAUCCGGACUGUCAGCAACCAACGCCGCUUCUCAGGGACCUGCAUCCUGCUCCUCCUAGACCUCCACAGGAGCCACACCAAACCUCUCACGGAGUGAUUCCUUCCGAAUCAAAGCUUUCAGUAGCUAGUAAACCUAAACCUCACACCCCCAGUCUUCCAAGGCCUCCAGGCUGCUCUGCUCAGCAAGGAGGGAGUGCCCCCCUUGACCCUCCUGCAGUCCAUGAGUCUCCACACCCUCCCCUGCCUGCCACUGAGCCAGCUUCUCGGUUAUCCAGUGAGGAGGGCGAAGGCGAUGACAAAGAAGAGUCUGUUGAAAAACUGGACUGUCAUUAUUCAGGUCAUCAUCCUCAGCCAGCAUCUUUUUGCACAUUUGGGAGCCGACAGAUGGGACGAGGCUAUUACGUGUUUGACUCCAGGUGGAACCGGCUUCGCUGCGCCCUCAACCUCAUGGUGGAGAAGCAUCUGAACGCGCAGCUGUGGAAAAAAAUCCCACCAGUGCCCCGUACCACAUCACCCGUCUCCACACGUGUUCCUCACCGGACAAACUCCGUGCUGACGCCCCAGUUUGGUACCAGCCAUCUUGCAGCACCCACCACUUCUCCAUCCCCGGUCCUGCCCUCAUCCACCUGCAUCUCCCUAAAUAGCAAAUCGGUACCAGCUCAUGGAACCACACUAAAUGCCCAGCCUGCGCCUUCCGGAGCCAUGGAUCCUGUGUGCAGUAUGCAGGCCAGACAAGUGUCCUCUUCGUCCGCAUCCCCUUCCAUGCCCUCCUCCCCCAUGUCCAGGAAACCUCAGAAGUUGAAAUCCAGCAAGUCUCUAAGGCCCAAGGAGCCUCCUGGGAGCAGCACGAACUGUCCCAGCUCCAGUAGCGGUAACAGUGGCGGCUCAGGAAAAAAGCGCAAAAACACUUCCCCACUGUUAGUUCACCCUUUCUCCUCCUCCUGAAUCUCCUCCUCCUGUUCCUCUUCUUCUCAUUCCAUGGAGUCUUUUAGGAAAAACUGUGUGGCUCAGCCUGGGCCUCCUUACCCCUCAGCGGUGACAUCCUCCCAUAACAUUGGCCUCAACUGUGUGACGAAUAAAGCGAACUCGGUGAGCGUCCGGCAUGAGCAGGCAGGGAGGGGCCCCGCAGGUGGGAGCCCUGCAGAGUCCAUCAAGAGGAUGAGUGUGAUGGUCAACAGCGGCGAUUCCACUCUUUCUCUGGGCCCGUUCAUCCACCAGGCCAACGACGUGACUGUCAGCUCUCACAGCGGCUUUCCACAUACACACACUCCUCUCGACAAACUCAUAGGAAAGAAAAGAAAGUGCUCACCCGGCUCGAGCAGCGUCAACAACAGCAGCAGCAGACCUACCAAGGUUGCCAAAUUGCCGGCCAUGAACAACGUCCACAUGAAACACACAGGCACCAUCCCAGGGGCACAAGGACUGACGAACAAUCCCCUCCUUCCUCAGGAUAGUGCACUUAGCUUACAAACAGGAAUUUCAUCAGCAUCACGCUGGAAUCUGUAUUUAAAAUCCAAAGGCACGUCCCUGACAGCUGACAACAGCCCGGGGAGGAAUAAUCUGGACACUUUUGCCGACAAGUUACACCUCCACGCAACACUCUGGACUCCACGAUGCCUUUGA